AUGGCAGCUGAUAAAGGAGAAGUCUAAGAGUAUUUACAUCUAUUAAUGCAACAACCCGGAGCAAUAGGUUAUGUCAUCAUUAACUAUGAUGGCAUCCCAGUCAGAUCUUAUCCUGAAGAAACUAUGCCAGCAGUUUAAUACGCCGCAUUAGUAGCUGAUUUGGUGACAAAGACCAAGUAGACAUUAAAGCAAUUGAACUAGGGAGAUUCAGACUUCGUUUACUUGAGAAUGAGAACCAAACAAGACACUGAAAUUAUUGUGACCGAUUAUAUAACUCCCGGGAGUGGAAACGAGUACAUUCUUGUCUGCAUUCAAAGUUGCAAAUUCGGCAAAGUCGAUGAAGAGGAAGUUGUUCCUGUAUGA